GCAGCGGUCGCUCAGGCCCGGCUCUCGGUUAUAAGAUGGCGGCGCUGAGCGGCGGUGGCGGCGCGGAGCAGGGCCAGGCUCUGUUCAACGGGGACAUGGAGCCCGAGGCCGGCGCUGCGGCCUCUUCGGCUGCGGACCCUGCCAUUCCCGAGGAGGUGUGGAAUAUCAAACAAAUGAUUAAGUUGACACAGGAACAUAUAGAGGCCCUAUUGGACAAAUUUGGUGGGGAGCAUAAUCCACCAUCAAUAUAUCUGGAGGCCUAUGAAGAAUACACCAGCAAGCUAGAUGCCCUCCAACAAAGAGAACAACAGUUAUUGGAAUCCCUGGGGAAUGGAACUGAUUUUUCUGUUUCUAGCUCUGCAUCAACGGACACCGUUACAUCUUCUUCCUCUUCUAGCCUUUCAGUGCUGCCUUCAUCUCUUUCAGUUUUUCAAAACCCCACAGAUGUGUCACGGAGCAACCCCAAGUCACCACAAAAACCUAUCGUUAGAGUCUUCCUGCCCAAUAAACAGAGGACAGUGGUACCUGCAAGGUGUGGAGUUACAGUUCGGGACAGUCUAAAGAAAGCACUGAUGAUGAGAGGUCUAAUCCCAGAGUGCUGUGCUGUUUACAGAAUUCAGGAUGGAGAGAAGAAACCAAUUGGCUGGGAUACUGAUAUUUCCUGGCUUACCGGAGAGGAAUUGCAUGUAGAAGUGUUGGAGAAUGUUCCACUUACAACACACAACUUUGUACGGAAAACUUUUUUCACCUUAGCAUUUUGUGACUUCUGUCGAAAGCUGCUUUUCCAGGGGUUCCGCUGUCAAACAUGUGGUUAUAAAUUUCACCAGCGUUGUAGUACAGAGGUUCCACUGAUGUGUGUUAAUUAUGACCAACUUGAUUUGCUGUUUGUCUCCAAGUUCUUUGAACACCACCCAAUACCACAGGAGGAGGCCUCCUUAGCAGAGACUGCUCUUACGUCUGGGUCAUCCUCGUCUGCACCCACCUCCGAUUCUAUUGGGCCCCCAAUUCUCACCAGUCCGUCUCCUUCAAAAUCCAUUCCAAUUCCACAGCCUUUCCGACCAGCAGAUGAAGAUCAUCGAAAUCAGUUUGGGCAACGAGACCGGUCCUCGUCUGCUCCAAAUGUGCAUAUAAACACAAUAGAACCCGUCAAUAUUGAUGACUUGAUUAGAGACCAAGGGUUUCGUAGUGAUGGAGCCCCUUUGAACCAGCUGAUGCGCUGUCUUCGGAAAUACCAAUCCCGGACUCCCAGUCCCCUCCUACAUUCUGUCCCCAGUGAAAUAGUGUUUGAUUUUGAGCCUGGCCCAGUGUUCAGAGGAUCUACCACAGGUUUGUCUGCCACACCCCCUGCCUCAUUACCUGGCUCACUCACUAAUGUGAAAGCAUUACAGAAAUCUCCAGGACCUCAGCGAGAAAGGAAAUCAUCUUCAUCCUCAGAAGACAGAAAUCGAAUGAAAACACUUGGUAGACGGGAUUCAAGUGACGAUUGGGAGAUUCCUGAUGGGCAGAUCACGGUGGGACAAAGAAUUGGAUCCGGGUCAUUUGGGACAGUCUACAAGGGAAAGUGGCAUGGUGAUGUGGCAGUGAAAAUGUUGAAUGUGACAGCACCCACACCUCAGCAGUUACAGGCCUUCAAAAAUGAAGUAGGAGUACUCAGGAAAACUCGACAUGUGAAUAUCCUACUCUUCAUGGGUUAUUCAACAAAGCCACAACUGGCUAUUGUUACCCAGUGGUGUGAGGGCUCCAGCUUAUAUCAUCAUCUCCACAUCAUUGAGACCAAAUUCGAGAUGAUCAAACUUAUAGAUAUUGCACGGCAGACUGCACAGGGCAUGGAUUACUUACACGCCAAGUCAAUCAUCCACAGAGACCUCAAGAGUAAUAAUAUUUUUCUUCAUGAAGACCUCACAGUAAAAAUAGGUGACUUUGGUCUAGCCACAGUGAAAUCUCGAUGGAGUGGGUCCCAUCAGUUUGAACAAUUGUCUGGAUCCAUUUUGUGGAUGGCACCAGAAGUAAUCAGAAUGCAAGAUAAAAACCCAUAUAGCUUUCAAUCAGAUGUGUAUGCAUUUGGGAUUGUUCUGUAUGAAUUGAUGACUGGACAGUUACCUUAUUCAAACAUCAACAACAGAGACCAGAUAAUUUUUAUGGUGGGACGAGGAUAUCUGUCUCCAGAUCUCAGUAAGGUACGGAGUAACUGUCCAAAAGCCAUGAAGAGAUUAAUGGCAGAGUGCCUAAAAAAGAAAAGAGAUGAGAGACCACUCUUUCCCCAAAUUCUCGCCUCUAUUGAGCUGCUGGCCCGCUCAUUGCCAAAAAUUCACCGCAGUGCAUCAGAACCCUCCUUGAAUCGGGCUGGCUUCCAGACAGAGGAUUUUAGUCUGUAUGCUUGUGCUUCUCCAAAAACACCCAUCCAAGCAGGGGGAUAUGGAGAAUUUGCAGCCUUCAAGUAGCCACACCAUCAUGAGAGCAUCUACUCUUAUUUCUUAAGUCUUGUGUUCGUACAAUUUGUUAACAUCAAAACACAGUUCUGUUCCUCAAAUCUUUUUAAAGAUACAAAAUUUUCAAUGCAUAAGCUGGUGUGGAACAGAAUGGAAUUUCCCAUCCAACAAAAGAGGGAAGAAUGUUUUAGGAACCAGAAUUCUCUGCUGCCAGUGUUUCUUCAACACAAAUACCACGUGCAUACAAGUCUGCCCAUUCCCAGGAAGAAAGAGGAGAGACCCUGAGUUCUGACCUUUUGAUGGUCAGGCAUGAUGGAACGAAACUGCUGCUACAGCUUGGGAGAUUUGCUCUGGAAAGUCUGCCAGUCAACUUUGCCCUUCUAACCACCAGAUCAAUGUGUGGCUGGUCAUCUGAUGGGGCAGUUGCGAUCACCAAGCCUCGUUCUCUUUCCUGUCCUGGGAUUUCGUUUUGGAGCUCUUUCCCCAGCCGUCACUGGUUAAUUUCUGAGGGAUGGAACAAGAAUGCAGCAUGCCCUUCCUGUGUGGUGCAUGUUCAGUCCUUGACAAAUUUUUAUCAAAAUGAAGCUAUUUUAUUUAAAUGGCAGGUGAGAGGGGAGGAGGUAGGUUUUGAUGUAGAGCAAAAGGGAAUGCUGCAUCUUUUUCCUGACCUGCUGGGUCUCCGGCCUUUGUUUCCUUGCUCACCGUGGGUCUGCCUGGCGGGCAGGCUGGAAGUGCUGGCGCACAUUGCCUUCUUUUCCCAUUGGGUCCAGCAACAAAGACAAGUGUUUGGGGAUUUUUUUUUUCCUCUGCAAUGUAGCAAGUUCUCAGGAAAAUACAAUUGAUAUCUUCCUCUUAAGCUCUUCCAGUCACCAAGUACCUAUGUGGCUACUUUGUCCAGGGCACAAAAUGCCAUGGCAGUACCUAAUUAAAAGCCUACAAAACUGCUUGAUAACAGUUUUGAAUGUGAGACGUUUAUGUAAUUUAAAUGUAAGGUACAAGUUUUAAUUUCUGAGUUUAUUAUAUUUUUAUUAAAAAGAAAAUAAUUUUCACAUUUAAUUGAAUUGGAAUAAAAUAAUACUUCCCACUAGAAUUAUAUAUCCUGGAAAAUUGUAUUUUUGUUAUAUAAACAGCUUUUAAAGAAAGAUCAAUAUCCUUUUCUCUACCUAAAUACAUGGGAGUCUUAGCAUAAUGACAAAUAUUUAUAAUUUUGAAAUUAAUGGUACUUGCUGGAUCCACACUAACAUCUUUACUAAUAUCUCAUUGUUUCUUCCAACUUACUCCUACACUACAUCCUCCAUCCUCUUUCUAGUCUUUUAUCUAGAAUAUGCAACCUAAAAUAAAAAUGGUGGUGUCUUCAUUCAUUCUCCUUCCUUUUUUCCCAAGCCUGGUCUUCAAAAGGUUGGGUAAAUUUGGCAGCUUAGUUCCCCAGGCAGAGAAUAGAGAGCAAUUUUAGGUGUGUUGGGACUGAGGGAGGAUGUGUAAAGCAGAACAUCAGUUGUUUUUAUAGAAAGAACUGCUGUGGCAUUAAGAACCUCAUUCUUUAUCUUUGCAUAAAUGGAGAAUAUAACCUAGUCAUAACUUCCCUUGGCCUUUGCUAAAGCGUGGUAGUAGCAAAGAAAGUGACUCUGGAUGUAUUAAGGGCAAAUACCUCCCUUAUCAUGAAUCUAGAAUCUCUUAUCAAGAUUUAGGAAUGUAAAUCAAAUCAAAUGUACCUAGCCUGACCAAGCUAUGUAGCCAAGGACCUGAAAGAAAUUAGAUAGGACCUAUAAAAUUAAUCAGGGAAUUAGAAAUUAUUUAAAGUUUUCAAAUUGUGACUUGCCCCGCUAUCUCAGCCUACUAAAGCUUACUGCCAUUAGAUACUUGUUGCUAAAAUACUUGUAUUCGGAGGAAGGCCUACUAAAAAUUUCAUGGACUUGUAAAAGAUUGACCCAGUAAAAUGGAAAAUAUUCUGAAGUUAUAAAUGAGUUUGAAAAGCAUUGUGUUCUUAAGUCUUACAUGAGCAGAGCAAUAUCUUACAAAAUUCGAAGUUUGCAAAAAUGGAAAUGAUUUAUGCUGAUUUGAAGAGCAUCUUGUGUGCAUAAUGCUGCCUCUCUUUUAAAAGCGUUGUUUAUUUUUCUUUUUAAAUAUGUCCCCAUAGAUGCUUUUAAACAUGCUUAUGUUACCUCUACCAAGAAUGGAGAGAGCUGGGCUGGAACCAGAGGCGUGUCCUGCCGGAGGCUCUAGUGCAGGACUGCCUCGGCAGUUAUGGGGAAAGCUUAGCAUUGGAAUUUUCAAAACAAAGUUCAAGGUGAUACACUUUUUUCUUCCCUUUCUUUUUAGAAUAGGUUGCUAUCUUAUUUGAAAAGGGGGAAUAGACUUGAUCUCAAGUGAAACUUUGCCCAGAUGCUGGCUCAGGAUAUUCUUGAGAGAUUCUUACAGAGCUCUUAAAAAAUAAAAAUAAAAUUUUAGAAUUUUCCUUUUCUUCUUUUCUCCAUCAACUCCUUUUUUCUCUAGUUUACACAUGACAUGGAAAAGGAAUUUCUUCUGAGUUUUACUUGCUUUAUUUUUGAUGCUUAGACUAUAGAUAGACUUGUUAGGCUCCUAAGAAAAUACAAGGAAGAACUCCUUGUUUGUUGUGCAGAGCACUUUAUGAGUAAUUUGUGUAGAUAGUGUGUGGCUGCUUCACUGAUGAUCUUGUAAGGCUGUAAUUAUCUGUCUUUCCUGUAAGGUGGCUGCAGUGCCUUCUGUAGUGUAUUUUAUUUUGGGUAAGGAGAGGUGGAAAAUUUGAGAGCAACCAUAAAAGAUUGUUUUAAAAUAUGUAGUAUUCCUGAUGGACUUUUUCAUCAUUAAACUAGUCUAGGCUAGGAUCUAAACUUUUGCCACUGAAAUAAUAUUGACAAAAAGUAGUUUAUAAAAGGGAUUUGUGAAUAGAAAAUCCAAUAUAAUCAUUUGUACUUAUGUGCACCUUAAGAGAAGAUUGUGUCUAGAUGUCAAAUUCUGGUUUCUCAACAUCCAGUCCCUGAUUGCAUUUGAGAUCUGGGAGGACAUACUGGGGCAAGCUAGAAGGUAAAAUCCCGUAUAUUUUAGUAUAUAUAUUAUAUUUACGUUGGUGUUGGAGAAGGAAGAGCACUUUGUAGUAAUAAAGAAUUCAAUACUUCAACACUCUCGACCUGAAACUUUGUAAAUAUUUCCUAGCUUCUCGUUUGGUGCAGUCAUAGCUCUCUAUCACACAAUGUUAUCUUUUAUUCAGCAGGCACUGUUGAAACUGCUGCACCCCCUCCUCAGAUCUCACCCCUCCCCACUCACCUCUCCAGCCUUGUGUGAACCUCAUUUAGCUUUAGUUUGAAACACACUGCAGGGUUCAGGUGACCUCUUCAAAAACUACCUCCUCAGAAUGAGGUAAUGAAUAGUUAUUUAUUUGAAAAUAUGGAAAGUCAGGAGCUCUAGAACAUGAAGAUGAUUUAAGAUUUUAACUUUUAUGUGUACUUGUGUUGUGCACUCUCAUUUUGUCCUAAAGGGCAUUAUACAUUUCAGCAGUAAUACUGAAAAAUGUAGCUCAGAGUAUCUGAAUGUUGUUGAAAGUGGUGCCAGAAUCUGUUUAGGGGUACGUUUCAGAAUCUUAACAUUAAGUCAGUUGCAUGGAAUGAAAUAGUUAAUGAUAACACUUCACUAACAGUGAUACAAUUUUAAUUUUCAGUAGGCUUGGCAAGUACAUCUUUAUAAUGAGUUAGCCACAGCUUUGUCACAUACACAGAGACUCCUGUAGACAGACUGCCCAGUUAAGAGGGUAGAAGAUGACCCAUUUUACAAGAUUCUCUCCUUUGUUUAAAUUGGCAUUGUUAGUGCUAGAAUAUCAGCACUUUGAGACUAGUAGAUUCUAACCAUUAGGCUAUUAAAAAACAAACAAAAAAAAUUGCCAGACAUGGAAAGUUUACUGUAAGUAUAAACAGCAAAUGGCUUACAAGUCAUACAUUAAAAUGGUGUGGGUGAGCCUCUAGAAAAAUACCUUGACAAUUUGCCAAAUGAUCUUACUGUGCCUUCAUGAUGCAAUAAAAAAAGCUAAAUUUUUAGCAGAAAUCAGUGAUAUGUGAAGAGAGCAGCCACCCUGGUCUAACUCAGCUGUGUUAAUAUUUUUUAGAGUGCAAUUUAGACUGCAAGGAUAAAUGCACUGAAGAGUUUAUAGCCAAAAUCACAUUUGAAAAAUGAGAAAACACACAGGUAAAUUUUCAGUGAAUAAAAUUAUUUUUUUAAAGCACAUAAUCCCUAGUAUAGUCAGAUAUAUUUAUCACAUAGAGCAACUAGGUUGAAAUCAUAGUUCAAAGACAUUUCUAGAGAAACUUUUUCUACUCCCUUAGGUUCUUCAAAGCAUGGAACUUUUAUACAACAGAAAUGUUUGACAGACAUUCUAAGAAAAUGCUGUAGUUUAUGGUUGAAGUACUGUGUGCUGGGCAGCAGUCAUGUUUUAACUAGUGAGAAGGGGGAAAUUAACAUGUAGGACAGAGUUUGAUACUGUUGGUUUCCAGAGUACUGCUACCAACGUAGACACUGGUGCGUGUGAAAGGUCAGCUUGCCUCCCAGGACUUGUUUGCAGAUUAGCUGUCGUGCUGAUGCUGUUCAAGGUUCUCUGGGGGCCAGGUGCCAUCUCGAGAGGCUCCUCUAUAUGGGGACAUUGGAAGAGGUAAGGACCUGGCCAGUGGGUGUGAAUUGGACAGGCUCCACGGUCUGCUUCUUGUAUCUUGAUUCCUUGCCACCUUCAAAGAAGCUCCAGCGAGUUCUCUAGAUGUUUUACUAAGGUGUGUUACUAAUGCCCGUAGGUUGUUGAGCACCCGAGGAGCGCAGUAGCAUCUCUGCCUGGUUGUAUAUUGGCCAGAGGAGAAUGAAGUGGCCAGUGUACUCAUGUUCCAUGUUGCUAGCUCUGGUACAUUGAAAAUACUGGUAAGAUUUUUGUUUUAUCAGUACACUAGACAGUAAGCUGUGUUUUGUUGUUUCUAGAUAAUCAGUUUUUCACCUCUGUUUGGGAAGAUGUUUAAAUUGAAUUUCAGUCCUAAAUUUUGCCAGUUGUGGUAAUUAACAGUUUCUAUCAGGUAUUUUUAAGGUAGAAGUGGACAGAAGCAUCAGUCCUAGAAUCUUAAGAUAACAGUGGUUUAUUUUAAAACAUUUAAGGGUGGUUAGUCUCCACCUCAAAAAAGUGAUUAGAUCUUAUUUCAACAUCAAUAACUUCAACUGUUAUUUUUUAAUACUUUUUUAACCAUUUGACCCUCCUUUACCCAACUGUUACUUAAAUCAGUUACUAAAUCAGUUUUAUUAAAAUGUUUGAUUUUAUUUAGCUGUUUUGACUAAUUACAAUGAUAAAGCCAGUUGUGCAUGAGGACACAGCCAGUGAGUGUAUCUGGGUUUUGGUGAUGCAUUAAAAAAAAAAAAUUCUGUAGAUUGAAAUACUCUUUGAAAACAAAGAGCCGAAAUAUGUUAUUCAUGUUAGUGUCCAAAAACAAAUUUGUGCAAACCAUCUGCUUCUCCUGGCAGGCUGAGCACAUUGUCCAGCACCCAUGAGCGGCUGGUUCUCAUCACAGUGUCUGUGUGGGAAAUUGGGCAAGAAAUUCACGUAAAAGACACAGCAGAGGAAGGCUUCUGUUACAGAAGUGGGGGUGGGGGUUACGAGUAAGUUGCUUAGUAAAUUGGUUUUGUUUUGAAGGUUAUUAUGUUACAUUUGUGUGUUAAGCCUUUUUUUAAUGCACUUGUGUUUUGGUGGAGUAUGUGUCACAUAGGAGGAAACUUCAGACUAGCAUAAGCAACAAAGCUCACAGACAAGGCACAAAUGUAGACAAAAUGGACCAAAAUGGGGGGGAGGGGUGAGGAGUAAGUCUAGGGGUAGGGAAAAAUUGAUGUGAGGGUGGGAAAUAAACUAUAAUUACCUGAAAUAAAAUGUAAGAGUGCAAUAAGUGUGCUUUUUAUCUAAGCUGUGAACGGGUUUUUAAAAAAUCAUUCCUUCCUAAUACAUUUGCAUAUGUUCCGUAGCUGAUUAAAAACAGCUAUGUAAACAUAUAAUGCCUUUUUAUUCAUAUUACAAACAUAAAUGGCUAACCUUUAUGUCUUAUUUAUCUUCAUGUUAUGUUAGUUUACAUACAGGGGGGUGUAUGUGUGGGUGUGCGCGCGUGCGUGCUGUAACUUUGCCCUCCUUCAUAUGAAAAUGCGUUUGUUGGGUCUUCUGUUUCCUUUGGCCGUGCCAUAGGCUAUGGCCUUCAUGGUGUCGCUUGAUUUGAAGGAGUCUGUCACAGUGAUAUCUCAUUCAUUGGUUGUACACUCUGGCCCUUUCCUUACACAGCAGUUGCUGUUUUUCCUAAAUAGGAGUGUACAAUUCUCAGGAGAUUGAAUUUAACUGUUUGACAUAUGUCCCUUUGAAUUCUAUUUAGCAGUUAUGAUUGCUCUUUGGUUUGGACCAAGAAAAAGGGAAUCAUCCCCUUUUUCACAAAUUUCUUGGUUUGAGGACAAUUCUGUAAGAGAGGAAAGGGAAAUCCUUUGUUUUACCUGCAGUGAGUUGAUGGCCCCUGGUUUACCACUCCAGACCUAAUGGUGAUUCACAUACGCAUUCCUUUCCUUUCUUGCUGCCAAAGGUUUGGGUUUAGUUCACUUCAGUUCUGCUCAAGCAUUGAAAAGGUUGUCAUGGAGUCUGGGGUGUGCCCAGUGAAAAUUGUCCACAGACCUCUCUCUCUACCUGCUUUGCAAAAAUUACAAUGGAGUAACUAUUUUUAAAGCUUAUUUUUCAAUUCAUAAAAAAAGACAUUUAUUUUCAGUCAAAUGGAUGAUGUCUCCCUCUUGUUCCUUAAUCCUGUGUUUGCUUGAAUCUUUCUGUCAGUUCUUCCCCAUACCCACUUCCUGAUACUUUGGUUCUCUUUCCUGCUCAGGUCCCUUCAUUUGUACUUUGGAGUUUUUCUCAUGUAAAUUUGUACAAUGGAAAAUAUUGUUCAGUUUGGGUAGAAAGCAUGGAGAAUUAAAUAAAGAUAGCUGAAAUUCAGAUUGAAGAAAUUUAUUUCUGUGUAAAGUUAUUUAAAAACUCUGUAUUAUAUAAAAGGCAAAAAAAGAUCUAUGUACUUGAUGUGAAUAUGCGAAUACUGCUAAAAUAAAGAUUGACUGCAUGGAGAA